UUUGAAUGCUAAAUGUGUCAAGUGUCAAUAAACCUUUCACAAAGUGUGUUCAUCGCGCAUGUGGUUUAGGUUAUAUUUGCGGAAAUAAUACAACAUAAGAUUAUUUAUUGACCACUUUUGCAACAAGAAAUAAUUAAAAGUAGAAGAAUAUUUACUUUAAUUUAAUUGAAAAUAUAACUUAUUUGAGUAAUGGCGAAGUUUAAAUUGAAAAAACCAUCCAAAAGGCAACCAGCCCGUUUACGUUACAAAAUAGAAAAGAAAGUAAAGGAGCACAACAGGAAACAAAAGAAGGAAGCAAAAAAGAAUCCAAAAUCAAAGAAACAAAAGCCAAUACAGAUUCCCAAUGUGUGUCCCUUCAAAGAAGAAAUACUCAAAGAAGUUGAAGCUGUGAAGAAACACAAAGAAGAAGAGAGACAGAAGAGGAAAGAACAAGCUAAAUUGGAAAAGCAGAAAAAGUUAGAGGAGAAGAAGAAUGGCAAUGUCAGCUUAGAUAAUAUGGUAGCUAAUGCAGCAACCAGGGGCAAAGUACAUGAUGCAUUUAAAGGUGAAGAGAUCCCAUCAAAUGAUAUUGAGUUUGGCAAGGACAGGAAACAAGAGAACUCGCUUAAGACAUAUUACAGAGAAUUCAAAAAAGUUAUAUCAGAAGCGGAAGUUAUUUUAGAAAUUGUUGAUGCCAGAGAUCCUUUAGGAACCAGAUGUGUGCAAGUGGAAGAGGCAGUAAGGGAAGCAGGCAAACGUCUAGUACUCGUCUUGAAUAAAGCGGAUCUGGUUCCACGCAGUAACCUCACAGCAUGGUUGCAGUACUUGCGCAGGUUCGCACCCGCCGUACCAUUCAAAGCAUCCACCCAGGACCAACAGCACAAUCUAGGCAGGAAGAAAAUGAAACAUGUUGUCAAAGAGAAAGAGAUGAAAGGAUCAGCAUGUGUAGGCGCAGAGUUGCUAAUGAGCUUGUUGGGCAAUUACUGUCGCAACAAGGGAAUAAAGACGUCCAUCACGGUGGGCGUGGUGGGGCUGCCCAACGUGGGCAAGAGCUCCAUCAUCAACAGCCUCAACAGAUCCAGGGCGUGCAAUGUUGGCAGCACACCUGGAGUCACCAAACAAAUGCAAACCGUCCAACUGGAUUCGAAGAUCAAAAUCCUGGACAGUCCCGGAAUAGUGUUCCACUCAGGGCCUGAAAGUGAUUCUACUGUGGCUCUAAAGAACGCGAUCAAAGUGGGCAGCCUGAAGGACCCGGCGACGCCCGCCACCGCCAUACUGCUGCGCGCCAACAAACAGACGCUCGUAGACUUGUACAGUAUACCGGAGUUCAGCACGCCGCCGGAAUUUUUCGCACAACUCGCAAAGCGGAUGGGCAAGUUUAAGAAAGGCGGAGUCCCGGACCAGGACGCGGCUGCCAGGAUUCUACUCAACGACUGGAACACUGGCAAGGUGCGGUACUUCACGGAGCCGCCCGAGACCCUAGAAUCGGACGUCCAUGUGGAUGCGAAGAUCGUGUCCGCCGCCGACGAGGCGAAGGAGUUCGACAUCAACUCCUUCGAGACCAUGGAGACGGAGGCCAUCAACGCUCUGGACCAGCACAAUAAUGGUGUUGAGGCUUUUAAGAUUUCAAGCACCGGUCCAGUCAAGGCAGCAGCGGAAGACGAAAUGCAAGUAGACGAAGACCAGUCUAGCUUACUCCCUAAAAAAUUAAACAUUAGAUCGAAACUAGACAAAAACAACAAAAGUAAAGAAAAGAAUAAAGCUAAUCCAGAAAUGGAGUUGGAGGGCAACACUAAACAAAAUAAAUUAAGGAAAAUGCAGUUCAAAAAAGAUAAAAAGAAGAAAAUGAAGUUUGAAAAACAAACUGUCGAUUUAGCUGGCGUUUUGGAGAAUGUAAAUUUGACUACGUUUAGUAAGAAAGAUGACUAUGAUUUUAAAGAGGAUUUUUCACUUUAGUCGUUUGAAUAUAGCAAUACUUUAUGUAUUUGUCAAAACCUGAUUCACACGUUGCAGGUAUAAAUCGUGUUGAUCAAGGGUAACUUUAAUAGUAAUAAAAACUAAUAAAAACUGAAACAUGUAAAACUAUAAAUAAAAUACAUAGAAAGUUGAUACAAUUAUAUUUCAUACAUUUUGACUUAUAUCUUUGUUAAUAUUGCGAUUGUGGUCAAAGCAGGUACCAGAUUGUUACAGCCGUAUGAAAUCGCGUGCAAAGAAACAAAUAUGCACCCGAUACUAAAGAUACAAAAUUUACUAGACCAAUGUAAAUAAAAAGGUUAAUUAAAAGCGAAUUAUCAACCGAA